CUGUAGGGUAGAUACAAGUUCCUGGUCAAAUCACUAACGUAUACAUAUCUGUAAAAGAGUUUCCUACCUAUUCUUAGAGCAAAGAUUUCUUUUCUCUCGAAUCUUACUAUACUGCUGACUUGCCCGACAUAUUGUGCAUUUUAUUCCUUGUGCAUUUUGUGUGUGCUUUAUUUCUCCGACUCGAUAAUAACAAAGUGUCCAGGGUACAUGGCAGAUCAAACAAGGCUAUGGACAAUACACAAAGUAAGAAUUUGCAUGUCUCCGACAACACCAAACAGCGGACGACUCGAUACAGUUGUGAUGUAUGUAGUAAAUAUUUUAACAGAAAAUCAACAUUGCAACAGCAUUUGUUGAUACAUAGAGUUGCGAAGCCAUAUAGUUGUGAUAUUUGUAAUCGAUGUUUUAGUCAGGAAGAAUUUUUAACACGACAUGUUUUGAUACAUACUAUUGAUAAACCAUAUAGUUGUGAUGUAUGUAACAAAUGUUUUAAAAGAAAAUCAAUGUUCCAAAGGCAUAUGUUAACACAUACUGGUGAUAAGUCAUAUAAUUGUGAUGUAUGUAAUAAAUGUUUUAGACAAAAAUCAACAUUACAACGGCAUUUGUUGAUACACACUGGUGAUAAGCCAUAUUGUUGUGAUGUAUGUAGUAAAUGUUUUAACCAAAAAUCAAUAUUACAACAGCAUAUGUUGAUACAUACUGGCGAGAAGCCAUAUAGUUGUGAUGUAUGCAGUAAAUGUUUUAAACGAAAAUCAACAUUGCAACAGCAUUUGCUAAUACAUACUGAUGACAAGCCAUAUACUUGUGAUGUAUGUAAUAAAAGUUUUAACCAAAAGUCAGUAUUGCAGCGACAUUUGUUGUUGCAUAGUGGUGAGAAGCCAUAUAGUUGUGAUGUAUGCAAUAAAUGUUUUAGAGAGAAAAGAAAUUUAACACAACACGUUUUGAUUCAUACUGGUGACAAGCCAUAUAGUUGUGAUAUAUGUAAUAAAUGUUUUAGGCAUAAAUGGUAUUUAAAACAGCAUUUGUUGAUACAUACGGGUGAUAAGCCAUAUAGUUGUGAUGUAUGUAGUAAAUGUUUUAACAGAAAAUCAAUAUUGCAACAGCAUAUGUUGAUACAUACUGGUGAUAAGCCAUAUAGUUGUGAUGUAUGUAGUAAAUGUUUUAGUCAGAAAACAUGUUUAACACGACAUGUUUUGAUACAUACUACUGAUAAACCAUAUAGUUGUGAUGUAUGCAAUAAAUGUUUUAACAGAAAAUCAAAAUUGCAACAGCAUUUGUUGAUACAUACAGGCGAGAAGCCAUAUAUUUGUGAUAUAUGUAAUAAAUGUUUUAGGCAUAAAUGCCAUUUAAAACAGCAUUUGUCGAUACAUACUGGUGACAAGCCAUAUAGUUGUGAUAUAUGUAAUAAAUGUUUUAGGCAUAAAUGGCAUUUAAAACAGCAUUUGUCGAUACAUACUGGUGACAAGCCAUAUAGUUGUGAUGUAUGUAAUAAAAGUUUUAGUCAGAAAGCAAACCUAACACAACAUUUGUUAAUACAUACGGGUGAUAAACCAUAUAGUUGUGAUAUAUGUAAUAAAUGUUUUAGGCGUAAAUGUUAUUUAAAACAGCAUUUGUCGAUACAUAAUGGUGACAAGCCAUAUAGUUGUGAUAUAUGUAAUAAAUGUUUUAGGCAUAAAUGGCAUUUAAAACAGCAUUUGUCGAUACAUACUGGUGACAAGCCAUAUAGUUGUGAUGUAUGUAAUAAAAGUUUUAGUCAGAAAGCAAACUUAACACAACAUUUGUUAAUACAUACGGGUGAUAAACCAUAUAGUUGUGAUAUAUGUAAUAAAUGUUUUAGGCAUAAAUGUUAUUUAAAACAGCAUUUGUCGGUACAUACUGAUGAUAAGCUAUAUAGUUGUGAUGUUUGUAAUAAAUAUUUUAACAGAACAUCAACAUUGCAACAGCAUUUGUUGAUACAUACGGGUGAUAAACCAUACACUUGUGAUGUAUGUAAUAAAUGUUUUAGGCAUAAAUGUGAUUUAAAACAGCAUUUGUCGAUACAUACUGGUGACAAGCCAUAUAGUUGUGAUAUAUGUAAUAAAUGUUUUAAACGAAAAUCAACAUUGCAACGGCAUUUGAUUAUACAUACUGGCGAUAAACCAUAUUGUUGUGAUGUAUGUAAUAAAUGUUUUAGGCAUAAAUGGUAUUUAAAACAGCAUUUGUCGAUACAUACCGGUGACAAGCCAUAUACUUGUGAUGUAUGUAAUAAAUGUUUUAAAAGAAUAUCAACACUGCAACGGCAUGUGUUCAAACAUAUUGAAGACGUGCUUUAUUAAAUGUAUAAUUCAAGUAGGUAUAAGUAUUUGUAAGACAAGAUAAAGUUCAGGGGUACAAAUAGCAAUACCUUAAAUAACAAGCAUUAUGUUUGACAUAUCACGCGAUUAUAUAUAUAUUGUGCAAAGUAAUAAUGUCAUUAUACAUAAUAUGUAGAUGUGUGUAUACGUGGAGAAGUCAAAAAGUUCGCGGAAUGAGGAGAAAGGGAGUUGAAAUUAAACAUGAAACUAUUUUUUAUUCUCUGUAUAUUCUCGCUCAACUUUAAUACAUUUUUCUGAUCUCUCAAAUAAUUUGUCUAUCUCAUCGAAAAAAAAAGAUUUAUCUUUGCUGUCAAAGUAAGCCGAAAUUGCAGACUUGACUUCUUCAUCGUCUCCAAUUUUUAUCCACUCAGCUCAUUUUUCGCUUUUGGGAGUAAAUAAUAGUCGCUGGGGGCCAAGUCUGGUCUGUAAGGUGGGUGGUCUAAAUUUUUAAACCCGUAUCUUUUGACAGCUUUCCUCUUCCUUUUUCCUUGACAGCUUCUUCAUCAGUCGUCAUGAUCUUUCUGGGCGAUUGUGACGCUUUAAAUUUCUUCGGAGAAGUUGUGCCUUUCUUAUGCCACUGCAUCGACUCUUGUUUCUACUCAGGUUUAUAGUGGUGAACCUAGGUCUCAUCUCCAAUAACAAUCCGGGCCAUAACUUCUUUCCUACUUUCUCUACAAAGCUCCGCCGGAGCGGGGGUUAUUUUCAAUAAACUCUCUUCCUUGUUUGAAAAGACCAUGCCACUUUUAAACCAUAGUUUUACCAGGGGCAGAGUCCGCGUUAACUGCUAACAGCUCUUGAAAAAUCGUCUGAACGGAUUUUCCUUGCUUGGUUGAACUUAAUAAUGGCGUGGUGUUCAAUUUUCUUUAUACUCACUGACUUCUUCCAGAUUAACUUGUUUGCAGGUCGAUGACUCAAAAGAUAAUGAUUCGAUUUCGUUCAAACUUGGUAUAUGUACUCUUAAUGAGGUGCUUGACAAGUAACUAUUUGGACGAGUAAACUAACCUCCACUAACCACUCCAUUCCGCAAACUUUUUGACUUCCCCUCGUAACGUGACAGUUUUGAUCAAUUUACUAUUGUAUAAUAUUAGUUUUUCUUAUUGAUAAGUGAAAAUUAUUUUGUUUCCUCAGGGUAGAAAAGACAUUUGUGCCACUUUUUGCUGAUAUAACUUAAUGCUGUUUCGUUCAGAAUUUUACAGUCUAACUAU